GCACGACGAUGACCCACGAACGAAGAAAAGCACGGAACAAUGACGUCGUUGCGGUAGCACUCGCGUGUCUCGAGAUCUCCCGACACUUUCGUCUUUGCUCACAACAAAGGCUACUUAGUUCUGUUGGGAACGAUUUGUGUCACGGAACCGUGAAGAAGCGUGAUACGCUAGUUCGAACGGGAUCGAAGAAAACGGAACGGAGAAACAUGGAGAACUGGCUCGAAAACGAAAUGGUGGCUUGCACUCGAGCUUUGUCGGCCGAAGAUGAACUCCACGGCGACCGCGACCUUUCUUAUCUUACGCAUAUUUAUUCGACCGUGCGUAUGCAUAAUCGAAGAGGAACAUCUAAUCGAACUCGUGGACGGAAUCGAAAUGGUAAAUGUAUUGGGACGUGUAUGAAGAUGGAUGACGAUUGUUGGAGUAAAUGUGAAGAUGGAGAGCAGAGGAUUAUAUGAAGCAGGUGAGGAAGAAGUUAUGAGAAGAAGUAUGAAGUUGAUUAAUAAUGAUGUUAUAUUAUAUACAAAAUAAAAAAUUCAGCAAAAAAGUAUGAAGUUGAAGAACAUUAUAUAUAAGCAUGUAGUAGGAAGAAGUUAGGAG